AUGUCCACUUCAUCAAAGCUCGUCGUUAUUACUGGUGCUUCCUCUGGUAUUGGAGAAGCUGCAGCUGAACUUUUGCAUUCAAAGGGUUAUAAAUUGUUGCUCCUUGCUCGUCGUUUGGAACGUAUGCAGGAAUUUGUAAAGCAACAUUCCAUGACUGAACAAGAUACUCUCAUUGCCCAAUGUGAUGUUACUCAAGUUGAUGAUAUUAAGAAGGCCAUUGAUCAUGCUCAAGAUCAUUUCAAAUUACCAGUCGAUUGUUUAAUUAAUAAUGCAGGUGUCAUGUAUUUGCAACAAUUGGCCGAUCAAUCCUUACAAAGACAAGAAACCAUGAUCUCCACCAAUGUAAAUGGUAUUUUGAAUGGUAUUAAUGUUGUUCUCAAAUCAAUGCUCGAACGUCAAACUGGUACCAUUAUUAACAUUAGUUCAAUUGCUGGUAAGAAGAGUUUUGGAAAUCACGUUGCUUAUUGUGGUACUAAAUUUGCUGUUCACGGAUUGACAGAAGCUUUGAGAUCUGAAGUUUCUGGAUCCAAGGUCAGGGUCAUUGUCAUAGCUCCCGGAGUCACCCAAACUGAGUUAUUGGGUCACAACGACAAGGAUCAAGUAGAUCCAUACGAGGAUUGGAAAAAGACCAUGUCUUUGGGUGUCUUGAAAUCUGAAGAUGUUGCUGCCAGUAUUUUGUUUGCCUAUGAAGCUCCUCCUCAUGUUUGUAUCAGAGAAAUUGCCUUGGCUCCAACUGAACAACGCGAUUAA